GCAUCAGCCUGCUGCCUUCAGUCUAAGCCCUCUUGCCAACCAUGGUGGGUCUCUCCGAUCUCCCAUCACCUUAUUGGAGAUGCCCAGAGCUAAUCCUCUUACUGGUUCAUGAUUUAUAGUGUGCCUUAAUCUCCAGACUCCAAGGCAGAUGCACUAUCAUCUUCUGACUGUGGGGACAUGAACAGACUUGUUUAAAGGGGCUGCGCUGGGCUGACUGAGGUGGUCAGGAGGAAGGCGGCAGGCUGCUCAGAAAAUGAAGGCGCUUCUGCUGCUGGUCCUGCCCUGGCUGAGCCCUGCUAACUACAUUGACAAUGUGGGCAACCUGCACUUCCUGUACUCGGAACUCUGCAAAGGUGCCUCCCACUAUGGCCUGACCAAGGACCGGAAAAGGCGCUCACAAGAUGGCUGCAGCGACGGCUGUGCCAGUCUCACAGCAGGGCCGCUCUCCCCAGAGGUUUCGGCCGCUGCCACCAUCUCCUUAAUGACCGACGAGCCUGGCCUAGACAACCCUGCCUACGUGUCCCCAGUGGAGGAGGGUGAGGCGGUAGCCAACCUCUCCGACUCUGGCCGGAGCAACCGAACCAGGGCACGGCCCUUUGAGCGCUCCACCAUGAGAAGCCGCUCUUUUAAAAAGAUCAACAGAGCUCUGAGUGUUCUUCGAAGGGCCAAGAGCGGGAUUACCGUUGACAACCACACCGACCAGGGCAGGGAGAACUCUGAGAACGCCACUGUCCCUGAAGCCUUCCCAAGGUUGUACCACCUGAUUCCAGAUGGAGAGAUUACAAGCAUCAAAAUCAAUAGAGUGGAUCCCAGCGAAAGCCUCUCCAUUAGGCUGGUGGGGGGCAGCGAAACCCCGCUGGUUCACAUCAUCAUUCAGCAUAUCUACCGUGACGGAGUGAUUGCCAGAGAUGGGCGGCUGCUGCCGGGAGACGUCAUUCUCAAGGUCAAUGGAAUGGACAUCAGCAAUGUCCCUCAUAACUACGCCCUGCGGCUCCUGCGGCAGCCCUGCCAGGUGCUGCGGCUCACGGUGCUGCGCGAGCAGAAGUUCCGUAGCAGAAGCAAUGGACAGGCACUGGAGUCCUAUGGACCUCGGGACGACAGCUUCCACGUAAUUCUCAACAAAAGCAGCCCUGAGGAGCAGCUUGGCAUUAAGCUGGUGCGCAGGGUGGACGAGCCUGGCGUAUUUAUCUUCAACGUGCUAAAUGGCGGUGUCGCCGACCGACACGGCCAGCUAGAGGAGAAUGACCGUGUGCUGGCCAUCAACGGACAUGACCUUCGGUUCGGCAGUCCGGAAAGUGCAGCUCAUCUGAUUCAGGCCAGUGAAAGACGUGUUCACCUCAUCGUGUCCCGCCAGGUUCGACAGCCUAGUCCAGACAUCUUUCAAGAAGCUGGCCAGAUCAACAAUGGCCGGUGGUCCCCAGGCCCAGGGGAGAGGAACACGGUUUCUAAGCCCCUCCAUCCUGCAGCCACUUGUCAUGAGAAGGUUGUAAGUGUCCGAAAAGACCCCAGCGAAUCUCUCGGCAUGACCGUUGGAGGGGGAUCAUCACACGGGGAAUGGGACUUGCCUAUCUAUGUCAUCAGUGUUGAGCCCGGAGGAAUCAUAAGCAGAGAUGGAAGAAUAAAAACAGGUGACAUUUUAUUGAAUGUGAAUGGGAUUGAGCUCACAGAGGUCAGCCGGACAGAGGCUGUUGCCAUACUGAAGAGCACCUCCUCCUCAGUGGUACUCAAAGUCUUGGAAGUCAAGGAACAGGAGCCCCAGGAAGACUGCAGCCCAGAAGCCCUGGACUCCAACCACAACGUGACCCCACCUGGUGACUGGUCCCCAUCCUGGGUCAUGUGGCUGGAAUUACCACAGUACUUAUAUAACUGUAAAGAUGUGACCCUAAGGAGGAACACAGCAGGAAGUCUGGGCUUCUGCAUUGUAGGAGGUUAUGAAGAAUACAAUGGGAACAAACCAUUUUUUAUCAAAUCCAUUGUGGAAGGAACACCAGCAUACAACGAUGGAAGGAUCAGAUGUGGUGACAUUCUUCUCGCUGUCAAUGGUAGGAGUACGUCAGGAAUGAUACACGCUUGCUUGGCAAGGACACUCAAAGAACUUAAAGGAAGAAUUACUCUCACUAUUGCUUCUUGGCCUGGUACUUUUUUAUAAAAUCAAUGAUGGAUCUUAGAAAACAGAAAAAAGAUCACAAAUAGGCUUCGUAAAACUGUAUUUAUCUUGUCAAUUUUUAUAUUUAAAGAUUAUAAAAAAAAUGCCGGGAAAAGUAUGAUAUUAUGAAAACAAGUUACACCUCGGAAAACGUUUUCAAAAAUAAAAGCUGAUGUUUUUAUUUAGUACGGAGGAUCUCAUCACUCCAAACCUC